ACCUCUUCGGGGCCCCGAAACUGGAAAAGCCUGACCGAGCCAUGGUGACGCUCCUGGACAUCUUCCAAGCAGGGCGGGGCCACGGCUCCAGCGAGCUCUGUGUGCGGAACAACCACCUGGGCUCUGUCACCAUGAUCCUUUGCGAUAACUUCGGCGCCGGUCAGCUGCAUUGGGCCCAGAUGCGGCCCAACGAGGAGCGCGUGGUAGCUGUGGUGGAGCUCGAGGACUUUGACCAUGCUGAGGCAUGUGCAGGCUUCUACCCGCUCUCGCAGAUGACUCUUAGAGGGGACGCGCCCAAGACCUACGGCUCCAGCUUCCAAGGCAAAGACAUCUUCACCAUCAAGGCCUGGGCCACCGGCACGGAGGAGUUCAACCACGAGGCCUGGACGGUAUGCUUCGACUCCUUCCGCAGCCUCGCCACCCUGCGCCGCACUGCCGCCUGGGUGCCCCCCGGGCCCGCGGUCUUCGUGAGCGCCGAGAGUGGGGGCCGCGACGUGGUUAGCCUGCAGCUCUCACUGCUGAGCACUGUCCUGGAGCUGCAGAUGCCGGCGGAGGCGCCGCUCUCCAGGCUUGUGGCGGAAAUCUGGGAGCGUGGCUAUCCGAAUCCUUUGAUCCUGGGCCCCCGGAAGCAGCGCUGGACGGGCUUCGGCUCGGACCCGGCGCUGCAGGGCUGCUCCCUGCGGGUCUUGCUGGACGCCUGAGACCCUCGAGUGAAACAUUUGAGGCGCUUGAGCGAGCGGCCCGUCGCGAAAGGUUUAAAAAACCAGAGGAUUCCUGGAGCAGACCUGGCAAGCAGGUGCGAGACGUGGCUUGUCUUUUUUAAGGCUUCGGAC